AUGGCUUCCAAAGUGGCAAAGCGUAGAGGGCGAUUAAGAGAAGACAGGAUAAGCCAAAUGCCGGAUGAUAUUCUCGUUCCCAUACUCUCGUUGCUUGAUGAUACAUUUUCAGCUGUGCAGACCACCGUUCUGUCUAAACGUUGGAACAACUUAUGGGUUCCCAUUUCUAGAAUUAGAUGUUUUCGGCGCUGUCCACCGGGUUAUUAUGAGAAUCAACGUGAUGAUCGUCUCAUGACAUUUGUUGAUCGUGUUGUUUCCCUUCAUGACUCGUCAGACAUCCGAGAAUUUGAAUUUGUCUAUGACAAUCGUGAUUGGGAGCGAGCACCCAUGAUAGCCGAUGAUUACGCUCGUAUUCAUAGAUGUAUUAGCACUGUUGUUGAGCACAAUGUUGUCGAGCUUUAUCUUACUAUUUCUAAUCGAUUCGAUGCUGAACCAGAAGCCCCUUUCUUGCUUCCUGAAAGUCUUUUCAUGUGCAAACCACUUGCUGUUUUGAAGUUGGUUUUCAUCCGUAGUAUGAGUUUCUCAAACUGCCCAACAGAAGAGUGUUUCCCAAGCCUCAAAGUUCUUGAUAUUAGAGUUGAUGAUACUGACCCUCAUCACCCAAAUUUUGUACAGAACCUCUUUACCUGUUGCCCUGUACUUGAAGAUCUGAGGAUCGAUGCGAUUCUACGUGAUUAUAAUAUCAGUAUUUCUGCUCCUGAGUUGAAGACAUUACGAAUCUCCAUGUCAUCCUUUGACGUAAUCUUUUUCAUUAAUGCCCCAAAGCUGGAAAAAUUGGUUCUGUGA